GCCACUCGAGACUCUCGUUCCUGAGGAGGUAAAGGCAGCAGCUCCUCUCUUCAGUGAACAACUGCCAUCACCAGGGACACAGAGCUCAUCCAGUGUCCCCUCCGAGACCCUGACCAGUAGCCUGGCUUCACUAUGCCAGGAUCAGAACAUCACUGAGGAGAUCCUGAUCCAGGGACUGACUGACAUGUACCAGCUGAUGGAGAAGCUGGAGGAAGAGUAUGCCCUCCAACAACAGAUGGCUCUAGAAGAAUCACAGCCCAGCUCUCCCAGCCCUGUGGGUGCAGCAGAGCCAGCAGAGGAAGCGCCUGCCCUGCCCUGCACCUCUCCUGCCCCUCAGACUCCCACAGACCAUAACAUCAACAGGGAGAUCUUGAGCCUGGUGCUGCAGGAGAUGCAGGCACUGAAGAAGCAGCUGGCUGCCCUUCAACAGGGCUUGGCAAUAAAAGAAUCAGCAGUGGCAGCCAGAAGGGAAGAGAGAUCAGUGCAUGCCCUGCAGAGCAUCCCUCCCACCCCACAGAGUCCCACAGAGCAGAACACCAACAGAGAGGUCCUGAGCCAGGUGCUGCAUGAGCUCCAGGCACUGAAGCAGCAGCAGAAUGAAGUCCAUGCCCUUCAACAGCAGUUGGCGGACAAAGGGGAAUCAGUCGUGACAGCCAAAAGGGAAGAGAGCUCAGUGCCUGCCCUGCACAGCCCCCCCAGCCCCUGGCCUGCCCAGCUGGGAGUCCACGCCCCCAGGGAGCAGCUGGAGGAGGCAGCAGUGGGGUCAGCAGCACAGGCAGUGGGGGAGAGGAUGGACGACUCGGAUGAGGAAAUGAAAUGGUGGCAAUUCCUGGAUGAUCUGGAGCCUUUCCUGGUGAGAGAGCCAGAGGUGUCCCAGGUGUCUACCACAGGACUGACAAUGAGAAUUUCCUUGGGAGAAGGGAUCCCAGAGCUUGCCCCUUGUGAGGCUCCUGUUGAGCACCCGGCACAGGAGCCGUGCAGCCAAGGGCCAGUGCCUGCCCCACAGAGCCCCCCCAGCCCCCGGCCUGCCCAGCUGAGAGCCCAGGCCCCCAGACAGCAGCAGCAGGAGGGGCCAGCAUCAGCAUCCGUGUGGGCAGUGCAAGAGAGCGAGGAGGGGAGCUUGGCUGGGAUGACAAAGAGUGGGAAGAUGCCAUCGAGCCAGAGCCCUCCCUGUGGGAAAAUAAGGAAGAAGCAGAGGUGUCCCAUGGAGAAAUGAAGGACUCCCAAGAAGUGUCCCAGGGGAAAGAGUGCCCUGAGCAGGGGCUGUCCCAGGAAGAGCUCUCUGACUGGGAAGAGUGCACAGAGGCAGACGCGUCCCAGUGGGAAGAGUGCCCUGAGCAGGAGGUGUCCCAGGAAACGCUCUCUGACUGGGAAGAGCGCACAGAGGCAGAUGUGUCCCAGGGAGAAGUCACAAGUCACCAUGAAGACUGUGCCUGGGAAGAAUACUUGCCUGAGCAAGAACUGUCCCAGGGGGAAGUUGGCAGCUCCCAAGGCCUCUCAGACUGGGAAGAAAACACUGGGCAAGGGCUGAUUGGAGGAGAGAUCAGCAGCUGUGCAGAACAUUCUGCCAGGGAGGAAUCCACUGGCCAAGACCUUUCCCAAAGGGAAGCCUGCGUUGGCCAAGACAUGUUGAGAAAGCAUGGCAGCAGACUCUCCGGGCACUCCAGUUCAGAGGAUGAUGACUCUGAGGAGCUUGUGCAGGAGAAGUGUAAAGACACGAGCAAGCAUGGCAUCUGGACUAAGCCCUCCUUCUUCCCAGAGGAGGAAGAGCAGGAUGAGGACCUAAGGAGCAGUUUGGAUCCAUGGACAGUGGUGAGAGCACUGGACAUGGAAGGAACAUGGUCACCACGGCAGAUUUUCUUCGGACGGCUGCCGCAUGUGGCGCAGAAGCACAGGAGGUUCCACUGUGUUUCCUGGGGAGGCCCAUGGUACAAGAGGGAGACUUCUCUCUCCUGAUGAACUGGGGG